GAACGUUAUUGAAUGAAGUAUUUUUUUUUAUUUUUAGGACAUAGUAAAAUAUAUUUCAAUAAUUAUGGACAAUAUUUAUUAAAUAUCUCGAGUUUUUCCUUAGAUUAUCAGUCUUUUCGGUACAAAUUGUGUAUAUGAAAUUAAUGAGAUGACAUUGCUUUGUUUCAAGAGCAGGAAGUUUACGCCAAAAAGUGCGACUGCGCACUGGCCAAAUUAGUAGUGUGAAAGAAAAUGGCGAUCAGCGAAAGGCGUCCGGAGUUAACGUGAUGAAAAACAUUGUUCAAAGCUCAAUUACAUAGUGUUAUAGUUAUUAAUUGUGUCAGAUGUAGAUUAAUUAAGUGUUAAUGAAUAGUGAUUGUGUAUAAAAAUGGCUGCGAAUAUGUACAGAGUCGGCGACUGCGUCUAUUUUGAGACGUCGCCGAAGUCUCCGUACCAAAUCCGGCGGAUAGAGGAGCUGAACAAAACGGCGUCGGGUAAUGUGGAGGCGAAAGUCAUGUGUUUCUACAGGCGGCGGGACCUGCCCAACCCCCUCAUACAGUUAGCAGAUAAGCAUCAAAUGGCCCAGUCAGAAGACUCGCCAGUUGCAAUGAAACUCAAAAAAAUAUGCCUUAAAACGCCAGUUGGCGAAGAACAGGCAGCACAAGCAGUCUUAGAUCCAGCGUUAGCGGCGAUGGAGGAGGAAUCUAGCGACCUACCAGGCACAGACGGGCUGGCGCCGAAGCAGCGGCACCAAGCGAAACACCGCGAGCUGUUCCUCUCGCGGCACGUGGAAACGCUGCCCGCCACACACAUCCGCGGCAAGUGCACCGUCACGCUGCUCAACGAGACGGAGUCGCUGCUCAGCUAUCUGAAUAAGGAUGACGCAUUUUUUUAUUGUUUAGUAUUUGAUCCUUCACAAAAGACUUUAUUAGCAGAUAAGGGAGAAAUCAGAGUUGGAAGUAGAUAUCAGACUGAAGUAACUAAUUUAUUAAAAGAAGGCGAAGAGGACCCGCGCAUCGGCUCAGAGCUAGAAACGCUGGUGUGGACGCCGGAGCAUGGUCUGACGGACCGGCAGAUCGACCAGUUCCUGGUGGUGUCGCGCUCGGUGGGCACGUUCGCGCGCGCGCUCGACUGCUCCUCCAGCGUGAAGCAGCCCUCGCUGCACAUGUCCGCCGCCGCCGCCAGCCGGGACAUCACCCUGUUCCACGCAAUGGACACGCUUCACAAAUCCGGGUACAGCAUAGAGUCGGCGCUGUCAUCUCUAGUGCCCGCGUCGGGGCCGGUUCUAUGCCGCGACGAGAUGGAAGAAUGGUCCGCCUCAGAAGCAAACCUCUUCGAAGAAGCCCUAGACAAGUACGGCAAGGACUUCGCCGAUAUAAGGCAGGACUUUUUGCCGUGGAAAACGUUAAAGAAUCUGGUGGAAUACUACUACAUGUGGAAGACGACGGACCGCUACGUGCAACAGAAACGCGUGAAGGCGGUCGAGGCUGAGUCCAAGCUGAAGCAAGUGUACAUUCCCAACUACAACAAACCGAACGCGGCGCUCAUAAGCUCAGCCAGCGGCGGCAUUAAACCGGGCGCCGUGCUCAACGGCGGCACUAACGGCACCGCUGCGCUGCCGCCCGCGCAGCUCUGUCUCUCCUGCCAAGUGACAACUUCAAACCAGUGGUAUGCAUGGGGCCCAGAGCAUUUACAAUACAGAUUGUGUGGCUCUUGCUGGCAAUACUGGAAGAAAUAUGGAGGACUUAAGGUAAAAACCGCAAAUGCAUUCGGUGAAAGCGAAGCGGAAUCAACAAAAGUGCGGCCCGACGGCGACGAAACCGCGCUCUCUGCCUCGCAUCGCCCGCAUCGCUGCACCGUACUCAACUGCGCUAAGGAGUUCAAGUUGCGCGCUCACCUAGCGCGGCAUGUGGCGACGGCGCACGGGUCGGGCGAGGGCGCGCGGCCCGUCAUGAAGACGCGCGCCGCCUUCUACCUGCGCGCGUCGCCAUUCACGCGACUCGCCCGCCGCCUCGCGCGCGCGCUGCGCCGCCCCCGACACUACGCGCGCUCGCCCUUCUCGCCCAUCAACCUGCAGCAGGUCAAGCACGAGUGUUCGAUAGCCAUGGCAGGCGUCGGCGUGGGGGCCGCUGAUAUGCGCGCGAGCGGUGGAAUUGCCCGAGCACGCGGCGCUGUAGGGACAGUGGCCAACCGACUGGCGGCGGCCCGCGGCCAACCCUCCCCACUGGCGCGCGCGCACGAGUGGCUGCUACUCACGCCGCGCGACCGCAUGCCCAAGCCCGCGCACGUGGCCUUCCCCAAACCACCCAAGGCGCCAGAUGGCAGCCUGAUGUACGAACGCGUCGCAUCUCGCGCGGAACUGGAGGCUCGCAGAACCGAACCGGCUCCCGUGCAACCACUCAAACGUCGCGCUUUCGACGACAUCAAUGGACUCGACAGUCACGUUAACCAUUCGGUUGGCACAGGGGCGGGCGCAAUACGCGAGGCGGUCGCCGCGCCGCCGCCGGCCAAGCGGCCCAACAAGCACCCGGCGCCCAUGCAGCGGCCCUCGCGCGAGCAGUACGCCGCCAUGUGUGCGCGCGCUCAGGCCACCGGCCAACCGCUGCCCGCGCACGUGUUUGCGCACGUGAAUGGAAAACCGACCAACAUAACAGGCCGCGGAGGUCGCCGCCACGUUAUUUCAUGGAUGGACGCACCUGAUGAUCUCUACUUCAGAGCAACCGAUACCGCGAAGGUAGCGCGGCGGACGCUGAGUUGCGGCGAGCUGAGACGCGGCGCCCGAGCACCGUGGCGCGCCAUGCGGUCGGGCGCGGGGGCGGCGGCGGCAGCGGCAGCGGCGGGUGCGGUGCUAGCGACGGCGGGCGCGGGCGCGGGUGCGGGCGCGCCCACAGGCGCGGGCAAGACGGCGGGCGCGGGCGCGCCGCUGCAGCUGGUCAUCCUGGACUGACAGGAGCCUGCGCGCCCGCCGCCGUCGCCGCCGCCGCCGCACCCGCCGCCGCACCCCUACACCAUGGAGGCGCUGCUCGGCUGAGCGCGCCCGCGCCCGCUGUACAUUCGCGUGUAAAUAACGCCGCCGGCCCGCGCCCGCCCCCCGCCCGAGCGAGACCCAACGAAGAUUGUAUUUUUGGUAAUCGAAUCGCCGAGGACGGAUUCUGUAGAUAAUAUUUUAAACUAUAUUGUUCUUAUGUGGUUUGAUCUGGCGUCGUCGAGCAAAAUAAUGUAUUUGAUACAUAAAACGAUAUGUAAGUCUAUUUCAUUCGGAGAUUCAUUGUAGGAUAAUUUACAAUUUUUUUCAUAAAUAAAGCACAAAUUGAAAUAUUGUUUGGUUUUAUUUGGAUUUUUCGAUGGCGGCGAGCUUUCGUACCGUUUGUUUGAUUUGUGAAAUCACGGAAGCGAACCUGACUGAUGAAAAGUUCAAUUCAAAACAACAAGUUUUAUUAUUAUCAUCAAACAAUUUUCUCCACUAUUUUCCCAACGCAUAUUUUCCCUUUGGAUAGCAUCACUAAGGUUUGAGGAAUGGCCCAGUAAUCCACCACGAUGGCCAUCCUUGUGAAGAUCGGUGGUAAGGUAACAACAGGUAAAAGAGUUCUCAUACGUUUGGCAACAUGCGCGGUGAGAGACCACACCCGCGACAACAAGGGCCGUCGAACAGCACCUUUAGGUAACUUGGCUCAAUCGUAAAAUAGUGAAGAAAAGUAUCGAUACCUACUAAAGGCAACGAAGUAUUAAGAAUUUUCAAAUGUUUGUGUUAUGAUUGUAAUGUUAGGUACCGGUAAAAUGGUCCUAC